ACACAUCUUGCUUGGCUCCUUCUGGAAACCAUGUCUGACAAACUAGAUAUGGCUCAGACUGAGAAAAUAAAUAUGUCAAAAUUGAAAAAGGCAGAAAUGAGUAAGAAAAAUUAUCUGCAUUCAAAAGAAAUGAUUGAACAAGAAAAGCAAGCUGGUGGAUCAUAG